ACACAGUCACAGUCAGCUGACUUUUCUAUGAGACAUCCACACAAAGAAAAUUAGAGUUUCACCUGUCUCUGAUUGAAGCAAACAAGCAUGGAAGACGAUGAAACGUCCCCCCUGACGUAUUCAACGCAAGUGACCGCAUCGGCGGACAACACCCAACCGGCGACGGACGGCCGUAAGUCCAGAAUCACCGUCGAACCGGUCAUCUUCUUCAUGAUGCUGGCGUACAGCUUGUUCAUACCGCUCAGGCUACAGUAUCUGACGAGGCGGAUUGCGCAAGAUGAGUUUGGGAUCGUAGAUUACAAUCACGCUGAUGAUCCACUCUGCUCUCAGAAAGUUAAUAACAGUGUGAUGACGGUCAAUGGCACAACGGAAAUGGAAAUUGAACAGAGGGUGUCACUUUUCGCACUGUACCUGAGUGCGACAACCUCCGUUCCAGCAUUGUUCUGCACAACCCUUUUAGGAGCACACAGUGACCAAGCUGGAAGGAAGGUUGCCCUCAUAGUCCCAUCCAUAGGUUUCUGUGUCUAUGCAGCAUGUUAUCUUACCGUCACUAUCAAGGAAAUGAACAUCUGGUAUCUUGCCAUUGGUCAUUUUAUGCUGGGCGUUUGUGGAGACUUUUCGCUGCUCCUCGCUGGCUGUUUCUCCUACAUGGCAGACAUUACCACAAAGAAGGAGAGGGCUCUGCGAAUCAUUCUUCUUGAUUGCCUGAGCUUUACUGCUGCGGGAAUCGCUCAAGUUGGAGUAGGUUUCUGGAUAAAAACUCAGGGAUUCGAAGCACCGUACAUCUUCAUCCUUGGCUGUGUCUCACUCACAACGAUCUACGUCAUCUUCCUUGUGCCUGAUACGCAUCCGCAAGCUCACCCCGCCAUGUUAAACGUCGGAGACGCCAUCCGUAAAAUACUGAACCUUGUCCAGAGCAACACCCACCAACGGCGUCUCCCUCUCUUCAUCGCGACGUCGGUCAUGCUUCUCAGGGUUCUGGUGUUUUUCUCGUUGCCAUCGUUGACGUUGCUCUACGGAAUGGGGCACCCGUUUUGCUGGGAUUCGGUGAUCAUCGGGAUAUUCAGUGCAAUGCAGUAUGUGUCGGGAGCAAUAGGUAUGAUAAUAGGUGGGAAGCUUCUCAGCCGAUACCUCCGAGAUGCCAGCCUUGUUCAAGUUGGAUUAAUUUCUUCAAUUUUAUGCAUCGUGUUAACAGGGGUAGCACCAAGGAAUCCUUAUCUUUAUGCUGUUCCAGCGGUAGGAUUAUUCCGAGCUUUAUCACUCCCGAUGCUGAGAACGAUCAUGUCAAAACUGGUUUAUCCGUCAGAGCAAGGUGUAAUGUUUGCUUGUAUAGGAUGUCUACAGAGUUUAGCCAUGGUAGUAUCACCGCUCAUUUUCAAUACUCUCUAUAACGCAACGUUACAUAUUCUUAGAGGACUCGUAUUCUAUGUCAUGGCUGCUUUUCUCGUCAUCGCUAGUCUUCUUUCAAUUGUUUUACAAGUUAAAAGGCAAGAGUCCUCAUUCUUACUCCUUUCGGACCCGUCAACCAUCAAUCCAGGUAGCCGCAGUCUGUUAACGGGACGACCUCGUAAUUACAGAUCGGUUCCAACGUAGUGGGGAUGAUCCCUAGUCAGCUCUGCACACCCCACUUUUGAGUUAAGGGUCUGAAUGUGCAGCCUACAAUGUGUACUGAAGCCCCCCCUCACUCAGAAAUUGAAACAGCAAGUUUUAUAUGUGCUAGUCUUGCGUGAAGACCCUCUUGUCGAUCAAAGUUGUAAAUCAGGAAAAUUGAAACAGCAAGUUUUGUAUGUGCUAGUCUUGUAUGAAGACCGUCUUGUCGAUCAAAGUUGUAAAUCGGGAAAUUGAAACGGCAAGUUUUCUAUGUGCUAGUCUUGUGUGAAGACCUUCUUGUUGAUCAAAGUUUCCAUUAGGGUUUUUGCCUGCAGACUAGAUGAAUGGAAUGGUCGGUAUUCUGAACUUAGGUUCUAUUCAAGCUGUGGCUGAGAGUUGUGGUGUUACUAUGGAAGGCCAACUGUGACAUAAACAUCUAACAAGAGAUCUUCAAUUUGUCAGCACAAUUGGUGUUCAAUUCAUUCAUAACUGUCUUGAAAUGAUAACUGAAAUAUUGUUUCUUCACCAUCAAAACAUAGAGGAAGAUUUUCAGCAAAGAUGAGAAAAUAUAAUGUUGUCAUAGUUUUUUGACAUGUUUGACUUUCCAUAAUUGUAGCACAGAGCUGCCUCAUUUAAACUUGACUUCAGAAUACAUGCCAAAGUGCGGAUGAACCCAAGGUGCAAUGAAUCUCCUUUCCAAGAGAAUUUUUUAUUUUUAUUCUAUUUUGGGGGGCUAUUGUGAUAACAACAGACUUGAUGCAUGAGCUGUGAUUGGCUGUCAAGAUACUGGCGCCACAGAAUGGGGACAAAACUACAUAAUUAUUAAAACAUGUCUAUUUCACAAAUUUAUCCUUCUCACAGAAUUCACAAUUUCGAACGCUGAAUCCACGCGCAAAGGGCAUUUUAUAUAUUUCUGUAAAAGUAUAUUCAUGCAAUAUUUUGCAGUAUUUAAACCAUCGUUAGAGCUAAAGCCAUUGCUCUACAUGCUUACCUUAAAAAAAUUAUUUUGACUUGCAUAUUUUUAAACAUUAAUUUGAGUGUAUUCAUUAUAAAAAUGUGCCUUUUGGCUGAAAGGUGAGUCUAUUCUCAACAAAAUGUUUGUUACACAAAAUUUUUAUUUUAAAGACAUGCCCUAUAUCUUAUUUCAUAUGUAAUUUGUAUUUAUUCAGGUGUUUAUAUGUAUAAGUAUAAAGCUUUAUUUUGUAUAACUCUUGUUGUAAAUAUUGUGUAUAUAUUCAUAUAUGAAGGAAUGAAAUAUGAGACAGAUCUUAAAGGGAUCGUUUAACUUUGUGAGCAGCUGAUUUAAAAAAUUCUCAAACUGAGUUGAAACGUGCGUAUGAGUGCCUGUAUUUGUCUUCAAAAACCCUGAAACAGACCACAAUAUAGGAUGAAAAACUCUAAUUUAGAUACAAGUAGCAAUUUAUUAGCCUGAUUUUGAGAACCGUCUAGUAGACGGGUUCAGCUUAUGACCAGUUUUCUCCAAUUCAAAAAGUCUGUUGGCUAUUUUGACUGCCUUCUGUUGUGUGUAUCUCCUAUACACACACUAUUAGCUGCACUGUACAUUCAGUGUAUACCUUGUACACACUCUAUGUAGGUCAUGCUGUGUUCAUCUAGAAUUAAUGUGUUGUGGUGCACAGAUUCCCUGUAUACACAUAGUCAUUGAAACCAACUCCCAAUUAUUUCAAACUUUGGUUUACAUCUCCAAGGUUUUAAAAUUGAUCCUGUAAAUAUAAUACUUUGAAACUUUUGGGAUGGUAUUUUUACACUAUAAGCCUAAUGUUUAGCCCAUUUUCAUGAACCAAAAGGAGAAUUAUUUAAAUCAGAACAAAGUGAAACGAUCACAUUAAGAGCUUUAAAUUGUAAAAACUAAUUUAUAUUUUGUGCAAUGAGAAUAAUGGAUCCAUAAUUUUGUUAUUGAAAACCUUAUCAAAUCCUUUUUAGUUGCCAAACGUCAGGGCAGAGUGAUGAUUGGUCCUUUUCCAAGCAAUGAUAAUACAUGGUCCCACAUAUGCUUCUCAGUGUUUGCAAUCUCCAAUUAAAGAGUUUUUCAUGUUAAUUAUAAACCUUGGGCCUGUAACACAAAGUAUAGCAGUCAUUUUAGAAAAUCAGUUUAUGAUUGAUUACAUUGACUUAAGUGUAUGAUUAUUUGUGAAACUCAAGGGUAUGAUGUGGAAGCUCCAUGGUGUAGCGGUUCUGACUCUCGCCUUGUAAUCAGAGGGUCGUGUGUUCGAAUCCCACCAUGUCCUAGCGCUCUUUGGCAAGGCGUCAAUCCACAAUUUGCCACUCUCACCCAGGUGCUAAUUGGGUACCAGUAGGAAACAACCAUCAUUGUGGUUGGUUAAGCAAGUGUGCGCCUAACAGGCUGCUUGAAAUGCUAUGAAUCCAGUGACCGGGUAAUAGUAAUUGUGAAGCACUUUUAACAGUUGUAGAUUGAUAAAGCGCUAUAUAAAUGCCAAUUAUUAUUAUUAUGAUUAAUCACUAACCUUUGUGUUGGGACCCAAAUCUAUAUUUAUGAUGAGAUGGUUAAUAGUCAAUAUGAUGUAAUUUGAAAGACUUUCUCAUGAAAUCAUUUUUUGCUGCUAGGGUUACAGUUAUAUCAUAUCAAUAUGAUAUAAUUAAUUUGAAAGACUUUCUCAAGAAAUCAUUUUUUGCUGAUAGGGUUAUAGUUUAGCUUCAAGUUGCCAGUUGCACAUUUCAUAUGAAGUCUCACUUCUUUAGUCAGAUCAUGGAGCUACUAAUGGCAGGCACAUGUAAUAUCAUCAGUGAAAAAAUUAUAUUAUACUGGAUGGCUCAGAAUGGAAUACUAGAAAUAUUCCAAGAGUUCGGGAAUAUUGGCCUUAACGAGUGGAAUAUUUAUGGUAUUCCAUGAAGAAAGCCAUCCAAUAUAAUCAUUAUCAUCUAUCCCACCCCUGGCAAUCAAAAAGAGGGAGAAAUUUGAUUCAACAAGUCAAAUCACUUAUCACAAUCAUAAUGGCAUCAUCACUUCACAAGAUCAAAUUUGGUCGCUGACAUGCGACUUGCAUGUAGUUUAUUAUGACGUCAUCGAGCAUAGUUGUGGUCUAUGCUGCGGAAUGCAUUGCUUUCAUUGUUAUACGCGUUGUACAUUUCACGCAUUCGCGCAUGCGCACUAUAUUGUUGAAUACGCUCUCAUAUUCAAUAGCAAAUUUUGUACAGAAGCCCAUGUUAUUCGUCGGAUUUCGGUCCUUUUUAGGGAUACGCUCUGAUACUGCACAAGCAAUUGAUGCAGACCAAAAUACACGUAUUUAAUGCAUCGCUAGAACACUCUAUAUAGAUAAUGCAUUAUAACCCAUAUGCACAUUGGCAUGAAUGCACAUCAGUUAUUCACACUUACAAUAACUCUUUGUAUUGCCCACCCCGCCCCCCAAUUUUCGUAUUGUGCCUCUUUGCUUUCCAAGACCUUUUCCUUUUUUUCAGGCAAGUUUAUUCUUCUUGUGAGAAAGAAUCCUUUGUUUCAUGUGGAAAUUUUGAAGAUAUCAAUCCCUCUCAUUUAUAACAUAUAAUAUAUGUUUGGCUGAAUGCUAAGUGUGCAUUGAAAAUCAGUGACAAGUUUUUCAUGAAAUGCCCCCCCCCCCACUCCUUUUAGGUAUUAUAUAUAUAUAUAUAUGCAAUGACCCAUCAUUGGUAAAUAAUCAACAUUUUAUGUGAAAAGAAAAACCAAAAACGAACUGCAGCUGAUUAUUAUGAUUGUUACAUUUUUUUGGUUAAAUAGCAGUAUUUUCAUUUCAAGAAGAAACAUAAAAGUAUGUUAUAAACAUUCAAUCUUGGUUUUGAAUUGGGGAGUUGACCUUUUUUUGUAUUCUGCCAAGAACUUAUUCACCUCACCUGGGUUGAGUGCUGCAAAAUGUGGAUUGAUUUCUUGCUGAAUUUAAUUAUGUCAUGGUUUGAAUUCGAAACACAUGACCCUCUUCAAUUAUUCAGAGUUAUGUAUUUUUUUUUAUCUGCAGGGUAUACUAAUUCAUACUUAUCUUCUCUUUUUAUGAGCAAAGGAGAAAAUGGUGUAAAAGCAAGUCUUGUUUUAUGCAAUCUAUUUAAUUGGACAGCAAUAAUGAAUUGUUAAUAAAAACAAAAAUUGAAA